AUGCGCACUGAUAUAUUUCAGCUCACAGAAUUAAACACGUUUUUCUUGAAACACGUGUUCGCAGUGGACACAAAACAUUCGGUGGUGUUUUGGCGGAUCAUUCUUAUCGCCCUUAUCUCUGCGCCUUCAAUCAGGCAGUUUUACUUAUACGCAACGGAUCCUCUGGUGAAAAGAAUCGGAAUGCAGUGUUGGGUGUACUGCGCGGUAACAGCUCUUGAAGCUGCAAUAUGUGUCAAGUUUGGGCGCUACAUGUUUGCAGACAUGCCUGUAUACCCUAUAAUUGCAUGGAUAGCGGUCUUG